AUGCCAACAAGAGAGUACGAAUACUACUGCGGCCACGUCCGCGCCAUCAGAGGCGUCCGUUACGAUUCCAUCCGCACCGAAGAUACCCACAAUUUCAGCCCACACUUCUCCUUUCAGCAAUCUCAGCAAGUUUCUUCCAACGAACAAGACUGUUUUCCCUCAACCCGAUUCCAGGACACCUCAGCUGCCUCUACACUCGAGAAAAUCGAUCGCCAGAACCAUGCUCGUCUGGCCGGCGCUCCAACCAGCCGAAGACAGAGCAUCYAAUUGAACACCGAGAUCCAUUCGCCACGCUACAAGAACGAUCGGCGUGGCUCAGACUGUAUCCGAACCGCCAGAUUGGGACAGAUCAUCCUAUCCGUCAAGAAGCCGGAAAAGAAGAAGGACCGUCGCUACUUCAGGAACUAUAACUGCAAGGAAUGUCGCCUAUUUACCGCUGUAGAGAUCGAGCGAUAUGCUGCUUUGGAGAGAGCGCGUUCUGCUGCGGACACGGAGAGGAUUAUCAAUGGCUUGAGACCACCACCUUGUGAGCACCAGAGGGGAACAGGAGGGAACAGGUAUCGAGGUGAUGAUUGGUACGAACUCUAUGAGACGCAGAUGGCUAGCAGGGUGAGGUUUGAGGAGGGAAGCUGA